UGUCCGUAAUUCCCACGUUAGCCUCAUAUGUCCUAUUCCUGUGCAGUGUAGUGCAGUUGAUGGGUGUGUUAGUUAGGGUCUGGUCGUCAGCUGAUUCAAUCUUUUGAAGCUUAACCUUUUGUUCUUAUCCUUAAUCAGCUAAACCACAGAACAUGAUGUCCAUCUUGCAAAAGAACAGUAUGAACAACACGAUGAGUACUGCUGGCACACCUUUUUUCCGCGAAUUCAAGAAGCAAGCAUCGUUCUUUCUGAAGGAGAAGAUCAAGUCUGCCAGACUAGCCCUCACAGAUGUAACACCGAUACAACUGUUGACUGAGGAAGCUGUGAGUGGAGAUCAACUAGCACCUGAUACGCAGACCUUGGGAAGGAUCUCGAAGGCUGCUUUUGAAGUCGACGAUUACUGGAGGAUCGUGGACAUUCUUCACAGCAGAUUGUCCAGGUUUGAGAGGAAGAACUGGAGAGAGUCCUAUCACUGUCUGAUUGUUCUUGAGCACUUGUUGACUCAUGGACCUGAGAGUGUUGCAGAGGAGUUCCAGGCUGACAAAGAAGUCAUUUCUCGGUCCGGAAACUUCCAGUACAUAGACGAAAAAGGAUUCAACUGGGGACUGGCUGUCAGGAAGAAAUCAGAGAGAGUGCUGAAAUUGCUUGAGCAGAUGUCUCUCCUGAAGGAAGAAAGGGAGAAGGCAAGGAAGCUGACUAGAGGGAUUCAGGGGUUUGGGAGUUUCUCACAAAGAGCAGCACGUUCGACUCAAGGGAUACUGAAGGAGUCGUCUCUUCCGAGCUAUGUGAGGUCAAAUUCGGACUUCAAUCCCGGAAAUCAGGACAACCAGUUCCUCCCCCAAGAACAGAAGAUAGUUCCUGAUUCCAGCAAAGUAAUGGAGACCCCGGGAUCAGAGAAUUGCCUCGGAGAUGGUCAGUUGAGCUCUGGGACGAGUCUAAAAGAGAAUGUGGAGCCUUGCCAAGAACGUUACUCUAAUAGGGAAGAGGUGCACCAGUGGAUUUACACAGAGCCUUCUAGGCCACUUCUGAAAGGCAAGAAAGGAGAUUCCGGGAAUGAAAUGGAUGAAGCUGAGGAUCACCCUUUUAGUGAUGCUGAGCACCGAGCUGCUUCUUCACUGCUUUGAUUAUAAGGAACGAAAUUAUGUGAAAUCAGUAUUUGUCUGUAAGCUAUGAGAUCAGCUGCAAAAGGUCCUGCAGAGGUUUCUGCAUAUGAGUGUUGAACUAUGUUAGCAGAGAAUUUUCUGGUGCUUAUUAAGGUUCAGUGGUUCUUUAUCGCUGAACGUAUAGUCAGUUUCCAAACCUCACCAUGGUCAA